AUGUAUCCUUUGGGGUUCGAUAUCAGCAAGUGGUAUCAAAAUCUCCAGUACGACAUGGACUUGGCACAAAUGAGAGAAUUAGAACUAGAGACUUCGGGAAGAAAUACGACGGAUAGCAAAACAUCAGAAGAUACUAUUGUCGACGAGCCCUUGGACACAACAACUGCCGACAACGAGACAUCAACAGGACCAGGGGAACUGGUCAGCGCCGAGAACGACGAUAACCAAGAAAGCGGCGACAAACAAGAAAGCGAUACCGAUAGUGAAGACUCUCAACAAGAGAAACAGCCAAGAAGGGGACGAAAGAAGAAGGCUCCGAGACGAAAAGGGGGGACAAGAUUCGGCAAAUGUUCCAGCAAUAAAAAGAAGAAGAGAAAGUGA